AUGGAUGAGGAUCAAGGACCACGGUCGAUUGCCCCCGAGCAUGCGCCACCGAAAACAUUUGCUCAGCGUUGCAAUGGCCUCAAGAAGGCAUUCACUACCAGGCACGGCCUGAUUGGCGAUUAUGACUAUGCCUUUCUCUUUCGCCCAAACCUGCCCUUCAUGAAGAAGAGCGUUAACCCAAGUCCCUUCUUUGGUCUCAAUGACAAGAUGCCAGUUUUUCUGGGCUUACUGCUCGGCUUUCAACAUGCAUUGGCCAUGUUAGCAGGUGUGAUUACACCACCGAUCAUCAUCAGCGGCAGCGCCAAUUUGCUACCUGAGCAACAACAAUACCUCGUCUCAACCGCUCUCAUCGUUUCUGGCAUCUUCUCUGCAGUCCAAAUCACUCGAUUCAGGCUUUUUGGUACACAAUACUACCUCGGUACUGGAGUGUUGUCUGUAGUUGGAGUCUCAUUCAGCGUUAUUCCUGUCGCUCAAGGAAGUCUCACUCAGAUGUACGCCAAUGGCUUCUGUCCUUCAGAUUCUGAUGGAAACCCCUUGCCUUGCCCUCAGGGCUAUGGAGCCAUUCUCGGUACCUCCGCUGUGUGUGCUUUGAUCAACAUCCUCGUCUCCUUCAUCCCCGCAAAGUACUUGCUGAAGGUCCUGCCGCCGAUUGUCACUGGCCCUACCGUUAUGCUCAUCGGUAUCAAGCUCAUCAAGUCGGGUUUCUCCAACUGGAUGGGUGGCAGUGGAGGAUGCAUGACUGCCACUGACGGCUUGUUUGCUCUUUGCCCCAACAUCAACGCACCUCACCCUCUUCCCUGGGGAUCUGCAGAAUUCCUGGGCUUGGGUUUCUCUGUCUUUGUCGCCAUUAUUCUGUGUGAGCGAUUCGGCUCGCCCAUCAUGAAAUCCACCUCGGUCGUGAUUGGACUACUAGUCGGCUGCAUUAUUGCUGCUGCCUGUGGUUAUUUCGAUCGAUCUGGUAUCGACUCUGCCCCUGUUGCUUCGUUCGCUUGGGUACACACAUUCCCUCUAUCAGUUUACGGGCCACUCGUGCUCCCCCUGAUUGCUGUUUACCUUGUCUGCGCUACCGAGGCUAUUGGCGAUGUCACAGCCACAUGCGACGUUUCCAAGCUCGAGGUGACUGGAAAGACGUAUGAAUCUCGUAUUCAGGGUGGUAUCUUGUCUGAUGGUAUUGCUGGCUGCAUUGGUGCUCUCAUGACCAUGACUCCUAUGUCUGUCUUCGCUCAGAACAACGGUGUCAUUGUCCUCACCAGAUGCGCCAACCGCAAAGCUGGUCUUGCCUGCGCCAUGUUCCUGAUCAUCAUGGGUAUCUUUGCCAAGUUUGCUGCUGCUCUCAUUGCCAUUCCAUCAGCUGUUCUUGGUGGCAUGACAACCUUCCUCUUCAGUGCUGUAGCUGUAUCGGGCAUGUCCAUCAUUGUCCGUGGUGUCCCUUUCACUCGACGCAACCGCUUCAUUCUUACUGCUGGUCUGGCUCUGGGAUAUGGCGCAACGCUUCUACCCAACUACUUUGAUAAGAUCUUCACAUACGAGGGGGACAACCGCUCUCUUCAGGGUUUCCUCGACGCUAUUGUUCUUGUCAUGGAGACUGGUUUUGCAGUCGCUGCCAUCAUCUGUGUGAUCCUCAACCUCACGCUUCCUGAGGAGCUGGAAGAUGACAUUGAUGCAGCCCGCUCGGCGACCAAUGUCGUGAUCCACGAGGAUACAGAGCAACAGAACAAGGCCACCGCAGGCUCGAGUCGGGAGCAUAGUAUCGAUCCUCAGAAGCAGGUUUGA